AUGGCGGGGCUGAAUGCUCCCAUAUUCCCAAACAUCACCACGGAAUAUCUUAACCACCCAACUUCAAUUUGUGUUGAUUUGGAAAAUCAUUUAUUUAGCUUAAUUGUUAUACGCCGAGUUGCUAUGGCUGAGAACUGGGAUCGGCCAAAGCAGUGGCAGACGAAAUACGCAUGA